AUGGCCAACCCCCGCGUUGAAGAGCUUCCCGAUGACGAGACCAAGAAGGUCACCAUCGAGGAGCACGAGGACGAGAGCUCCGACUCCGAGGUCGAGGGUGAGGAUGCCGAGGGCCUUCCCUCCGGCUCCACCGCCGUCAUCCACUCCCGUAACGAGAAGAAGGCCCGCAAGGCUCUCGAGAAGCUGCACCUGACGAGAGUGCAGGGCAUCACCCGCGUCACCCUGCGCCGCCCGAAGAACAUCCUCUUCGUCAUCAACAGCCCUGAGGUCUACAAGUCCCCCAACAGCAACACCUACAUCGUCUUCGGUGAGGCCAAGAUCGAGGACCUCAACGCCACUGCCCAGCAGGCCGCCGCUCAGCAGCUCGCCGCUGCUGGUGGUGAGCACGACCACGCCGGCCACAGCCACGCUGAGCCCAGCAAGGCCGCCGACGCCGACGCCAAGAAGGAGGAGGAGGAGGAUGACGGCGAGGAGGUCGACGCCGAGGGCAUUGAGGACAAGGACAUCGAGCUCGUCAUGACCCAGGCCAGCGUUAGCCGGAAGAAGGCCAUCAAGGCCCUGAAGGAGAACGACAACGACAUCCGAAGCGCAGCUCUCAAGCUCGACUGGGCCAAGGUCACCACCUCGCUCGGCCUGCGCGGCCAGACCGUCGCCUCCCUCCAGGCCUUCAAGAAGCGCAACGAGGACGCCCGCCGCAAGGUCCAGACCCUCUCCGAGCUCCCCACGACCGUCGACUUCGCCCACUACCGCUCCGUCCUCAAGAACCAGGCCGUCGUCGACGAGAUCGAGAAGCGCUUCUCUGCCUUCAAGCCCGCCACCUACGACGUCUCCCGCCAGAUCAAGGCCAUCGAGGCCUUCGAGGUCGAGGCCAUCAAGAACGCCGAGGCCACCAAGGACAAGGUCGACCUCGAGCUCAAGGACCUCCAGAAGACCCUGACCAACAUCGAGACCGCCCGCCCCUUCGAGGACCUCACCGUCGACGAGGUUGCCGCCGCCGAGCCCUCCAUCGACGAGAAGACCUCCCAGCUCGUUUCCAAGGGUCGCUGGACCGUGCCGGGAUACAAGGAGAAGUUCGGCGAUCUUUCCGUGCUAUAG